AUGGUUCUUAAAUCCACUUCUGCUGCUGGUGUAUCUGUCUACCAGGUAUCGGGUACCAACCUGUCAAGAGCCUUGCCCGACUGGAUGGCGCGAAAAAGAAAGAGAGCCUUAAAAGAUGACGUUGAGUACCAGAAUAGAAUCGAGCUCAUUCAAGAUUUUGAGUUCAGCGAGGCCUCUAACAGGAUAAAGGUCACUCCUGACGGGCAAUAUGCCAUGGCUACAGGUACCUAUAAGCCCCAGAUCCAUGUGUAUGAUUUUGCCAAUUUGUCAUUGAAAUUUGACCGUCACACAGACAGCGAAAAUGUAGACUUUGUGGUGGUUUCAGACGACUGGACCAAAUCUGUUCAUCUUCAAAACGACCGUUCAAUUGAAUUCCACACAAAGGGAGGCAUACAUUAUCGUUCGAGAAUACCGAAGUUUGGCCGGUCAGUAGCGUACAAUCCUGUGAAUUGCGAUUUGCUUGUGGGUGCUUCUGGAAAUGAAAUUUAUCGCCUUAAUCUCGACCAGGGCCGAUUUUUGAACCCGUACGUUCUCGAGACAAAUGAGGGUGUCAAUGCUGUAUCGAUAAAUCCAGUCCAUGGACUUGUGGCAGCAGGAUUAGAGGAUGGCACAGUUGAGUUCUGGGAUCCUCGAAGCAGACAGCGGGCAGGAAAACUAUUUGUGUCGGACCAUCUUGAAGAGAAAACGCAAAUUUCUGCUCUAGCAUACCGUAACGAUGGCCUUAACUUUUCAUGUGGUACAUCUAGCGGCAAGUCUUUAAUUUACGACUUGAGAACUUCACUUCCUUCGCUCGUGAAAGACCAGGGAUAUGGAUACGAUAUCAAGAAGAUUAUAUGGUUGGAUGACAACAGCUCCAAUAGUAACAAAAUUUUAACCAGUGACAAAAGAAUUGCCAAAAUAUGGGACCGAUUGGAUGGAAAGCCCUAUGCAUCUAUGGAGCCCAAUGUGGAUAUUAAUGAUAUCGAAUACAUACCGGGUUCUGGUAUGUUCUUCAUGGCUAACGAGGGCAUUCCUAUGCAUACCUACUAUAUUCCCAACUUGGGACCAGCGCCUAGGUGGUGCUCAUUCUUGGAUAAUGUGACAGAAGAGUUGGAAGAAAAACCAUCAGACACCGUCUAUUCGAACUACAGGUUCAUCACCAGAGACGAAGUUGCCAAGUUGAACUUGUCACAUUUGGUUGGAUCGAAGGUGUUGCGCUCGUAUAUGCAUGGUUUUUUCAUUGACACCGAGUUGUACGACAAGGUCAAUUUGAUCGCCAAUCCCAACUCAUUCCGGGAUGAACGUGAGAGAGAAAUCCGCAAGAGAAUCGAAAAGGAGCGUGAGUCCAGAAUACGGAGUACUGGUGCCGUCACCAAUACCAAGCUCAAGGUCAACAAAGAUUUGGCUGGAAGGUUGCAAGAAAGACAAGGAGAUCAAGCUGCCGAGUCAGUCAUCAACGACGACAGAUUCAAGGAGUUGUUUGAGAAUCCAGAGUUUGCUGUGGAUGAACAAUCGCAUGAGUACAAGCAGCUUAACCCUGUCCGUUCCACCACGCAGAAUGGUGCUGAUCGUUCUCGUGGCUUGACAGCAGCCGAGGAGUCUGACGAAGAAAGAAUGAGAAAUGGUGAACUGGAAGAACUGGAAGACGAAUCUGAAGAAUCUGAUGAAUCUGAUGAAAAUGAACAAGAAUCUGAAAAACAGGCAAAGGUGCAAAAAGAGAUGGAACGACUCAGGCAGCGUAGAAAAGCCAAGGAAGAGGCCGAUCGGUUCAUGAACAAAAUGAGUGCAGUGGCACAGCAGUCUCAAUCCAACAACGAAUCCUUUGAAACCCAGGUCAAAAAAGCUGCACCAAGAAACAAAAAUGAUGAUAGCCGUAUAAGACGGCAUGCUCGUGGAGAAGCCGAAUUGACUUUCGUUCCACGCAAAAAAACCACUCAAAAAGUCAAAGUGCAAGACGACCGGCCGGAAAGUGAAAAGGGAAGGACAAAACAACGGUUUGAUGGAAGAAGAAGGGCGUCCAAGAAUGCAUUCAGAGGCAUGUAA